AGAUCAAGCGCUCUCGUCUGCAACCGGUGCUAAGUCCAUCUUCCUACACGUAAGGACUACAUCGAUGGUUGUGGCACACAUUCGACAAGGUGCUGCACUCCCUCCCCACUCUGCACGUCUGGUCUGGUCUAUUUUUAACUCGAUGACAUCAACUCUUGCAGCACGUUUGUAUGAUAUGGAACAGCACCUAUAUCCAGAACGUAUCAUGGGUGCUACCACCUCUCAAACACAAAUCUCCAUCAGACAUCUACAUCCUACUCAAAUUCUCGGAUGCCGUAUCGCAUGACCUAAGUGUCGAUACCGUGUUUGAGGGACGUCGAUACGAUCCAUCGAAUUUACCGUCGUAUCAUGUAGAACUUGUCUCGCGGAAAUGCUAUUCUAUAUACAGGUGCUGCAAAUUUGGGUAUUUCGUUUGCAAAGGCCAUCUCAUAGGAAUAGAACAAUGCGAUACGAAUUCCUGCGACUUGUUGGAUGAGCCUCGAACGUAAACAAAAUCGUAGAGACGCUUCAGCAUUUUUGGAAGGACAACAUCAAGUCAAAAUGACGUGGACAACAAGACUGUAUGUAUCACAUUGUCUUUGUCCUAAUUGCUGCGCCCAUUGGAACGGGCACGGACUGCAAGGGAACCAAGGCCAGACCUCUAUGGCGGGAGGCUACGGCUCUGUCUAUCGAGGACAGACUACGAC